ACAGUGGGGAUGAUUUUCCUUAACCCACUAAAGGGUCAUUUUUCCUUUAUUUGAUUUUUUAAAUUCUAAACCCGAGGUUACCGAGCAAUCAUGCCAGUUGCAAAGUGUUGAGUAUUGUAUUGGAUGGAAGAAAAAAAAAAAAGAAACCCAAUUUGACAGUUGAUUUUCUGACAGUUUGGGGGUUUUUGUCUGGGGGUGGAGUGGACCUUUCUUCUUUGGUCAAAACUUUCGCGACACCACGGACCAUUUUACGCGUUCGCGCGGGGUUGCGUUUGAUUUUGUAACAAAAAAAAGAGCAGAAAAGAAAGAACACGUAUAGCCGUGAAAACGGUUAACGAGUGCCGUAGUUUCGACGCUACGAGACCACCCAUUUUCAUUUUGGCCACUCUGUUGCACUUUGGCGGCCAUUGAGGUGGCUCAAUCAUCAGAAGGCCACAAUAGGGCUUUUUUUUGGAGCGAGAGAAAAAAAAGCACGGGGGAGGAGGUGCUAGGCCCACAAAAUCUAGAAAUUUAAUGAAUGAGGUGAAAGAAAAACAAGGGCUUGAACCUACAUAGAUUGCACGAGUGGCAGAGCCCGAACCGCAGCCUUGGUCAUCACGAGGAAACACAUUGAACGUGACGGACCCAUAGGCAGUGAUUAGUGCAAUGUCGGACAUUGGAAGUGGCGACGAAGGUGGUCAGAAAUAUCAUGUUCAAGGCAUGGAUGGCAAUGGUGGUGACUUUGGUGACCCAGGCCAAUCUGGGGGUCAACAGACGGAACAGGAGCUGGCCACAAAGAUGCUCCAGAUUCAAUCUAAGCGCUUUUACCUGGAUGUAAAGCAAAAUCGACGUGGACGCUUUAUUAAAGUUGCCGAAAUUGGCGCAGACGGUAGACGUAGUCAAAUAUUCCUGGCCCUAUCCACAGCGGCCGAAUUUCGAGACCACCUCUCGACAUUUAGUGAUUACUAUGCAUCAUUAGGACCCCCAAAUCCCGAAAGUGUCCCUGAAGACGGUAAACUCAAGUCAGAGAUGAUGAUCAAGGACAAUAGGCGAUACUAUUUGGACUUGAAGGAAAAUGCCCGCGGAAGGUUCUUGAGGGUUUCGCAAACAAUCACAAGGGGUGGGCCAAGGUCGCAAAUUGCAAUCCCGGCACAAGGUAUGAUUGAAUUUCGAGACGCUCUAACCGAUCUUCUCGAGGAGUUUGGAACAAAUGACGGAGGGUUCAAAGGCGAACUGCCAGAAGGUCGCCAUAUGAAGGUCGACAACAAGAACUUCUAUUUCGAUAUUGGACAAAACAAUCGUGGUAUAUACAUGAGAAUUAGUGAGGUUAAAAGUAAUUUCCGAACUGCAAUAACAGUCCCGGAAAAAUGCUGGUCCCGAUUUCGUGACAUUCUCUCUGACUAUUGCGACAAAAUGAAAAAAUCGUCCGACACGCCUAUCACUGCCGAAACUAACUUACAAACAUCAAAUAGUUUAAAGUAAAAAAAAACAAACAAUAUAGAAAAAAAA